CAGGAAGCAUUAACUACCUCAAGGUCUCCACCAAGACGCUGGCCGCCGCCUCCCGAGUCCUGGUGGGGGCACUGGUCGGUGCCGCCGCCUCCCCGCCGCUCCGCGCGGAGGCGCGCGCGGAGGGCGGGGGCGGCUGCCAGCUGGCGGCGGGCGAGGCCCUCGGGCGCGUGGGGCAGCUCACCGUCGACGUGCAGGACGUCGCCCGCGGCCCUCCUGCUCGGCGGGCGCAGGGUGCUGGCCCGUGUGGGGGCCGUGCUGGCGGAGCCGCUGCCGCAGGGGAGGGCGCUCGCGAAGUGGGCGGUGAAGCACGGGGAGAUCUUGGGACUGGACGGUCGCGCGAUCGGCCGCGCGGGUGCUGGAACCACCGAGGUGGUGCUCGCCGACGCCCUCCGGCGCGUGGACGUCAGCCUGAGGUCAGACGUCGACGCCGGCGUUGACGCAGCGGAGCUCCUGCCAUCCUGGACGUUGUGGCGGCGCUCGUGGCCGCGGCGGCUGCGGAGGCGUCGGGGGGCGGAGGCGGGCCUCGCGCUCUCGGGGUGCCCUGGGGCCUCGUGUUCCGGCGCGCGAGCGCGAGGCUCCAGCUCGAUCGCCCGUCCGGCGACCCUCUGCUGGAGGUCAGCUGCGAGAGGGGCAGCGUCUCUGACGUGCCGGGCUCCAAGACAGAGGUCCACGCCGAGACGGUGCAGGUGCGGCAGGGGGGCGCCCCAGCGGUGUCGUCCUGCAGGGUCUCGGUGCAGGGCACGCAGCAGGGGGGCGCCUCGGUUCGCCACUGGUUCCCGGUGGAGGGCGGUGGCGGCGGCAGGGCCCUGCCCUGGACGGGCUGCCUGGACCUCCUGGCGGAGGACCCGAGAUUUGCCGAGCACAAGGCCUGGCUCCAGCGGGCGCGGGACGUGGCCGUCGUGGGGAAGCGGCCUUUGCUGGAGGCAGGCGGCAGCCCCGCUGCCGAGCGGAAGAGGUCAAGGCUGUAGGUCGGACUCGUGCAGUGGCGAAGCGUCCUGGCUUGCGCACUCGUGCUGUGGCCUGCGCGAGAUGUUCUUAUUUUACACGUCGGAGUUAUGCUCUAAGGUCAUUACUCGCAAACAUGAAUCAGACCUUCAUCGAAUGUUCGGGCCCGAUCCGAAAAAUUGAGUUUGCCCCUGCAAGACGCGCCCAAUCCUUGCUCAAAGGACACAGAGGCGCUCCGCCUCGCUGAUCCAUCUGCGCUGGCUCAGAAGAGGCGCGGCGCCGGAGAGGGGGCGGCCGCGCCAGGUCGCGACCCGCGCUACGAAUUCAUUGGCCAGCCAGUUCCCAAGGACAAACACGUUAUGAGUUUCAGUUUUCGCAGGUCGGUUUGUGCGCAUCUCUCACUUCGGCCCUGCACCCCCCUGGCGUGGCCUCCGGCGCCGAUCCAGGAGAACCGCGCGGGCCGCCGAAAGUUCGUGCUUAUUUUGCCGUUGCCACUUUUUCAGCUGUCGCGCCCCGCCCCGUUGCCGUGCUCGCGCGCGGGCUGUUUCGACAGCGAAGCAUGGAGGCCUUGUGCGCCGUCGAAACUCCGUCUUUAGAGUACGUUGGCGUCGUUCGGCGUCUGGGCACGAGUGAUUCUCCUUUUGGCUUUCAACAUUUUGGCGAAGUCGCGUCCGCUGUGCAGGUAGCCGCGCAGCCUGCACCGACGGGCAGAUGUCCCUGUCGGAUGGGUUUCUCGGGCGAGCGCCAAAGGCGGUAUUUUUUUAACGCCAUGCAGGGCGACAGGGCCAUGCAGUGGAAUCGGUUUUCGGCCCCAGACUUAUGAUGUUUCAACCUACUUCAGCUUUGACUGCCAGAAA